CCGCAAAGUUUGCGUCGGUAAUUAUGAAUGCAUUUAUUUGUAUUCGUUUACUUCGAUAAAGGUUCGAUGUAAACGAUGAAUUUUUCGAUGUAAACGCUGUACGUCCUCCUACCACAACGAUUAGAGGGCAAAAGCUUUAGACAGUGGUAUUUAUUCAAGCUAACGUAAGUGAGUUUGUCCGAGGUUUGUCGAAUGUUUGUCUUUGUUUACUUUUUGCUUCGAUUAAUUUUAAGGCAGACAGGCCUCAACGUGUUCUGAAAUUUUUUAGUUCUGAGGGCAACUAGUAGAAUAGUUCAGUCACAUGAUUGUUAUAAGGGAAAGACCCGCUAGAAGGUUAAGCUAUACAUAUGUUUUGUGAUGCGUAUGUAUUCCUUUUGGUUCCUGUGCUUCAUGAUUUUCUAGUGAUGUUUUUUUUUAAACAUGAAUGAUCCCUUUGUCUGUCUACAAUUUACCCACCUUCUUUGGGUGUUGUGUGCCUCCUAAAGAUACGAUUUUUGUGUUUAAAAGAAGCACAGAAACAUACCUUUGGGUGUAUCACAUCCAACUUUUUUACGAACAAGAUUGAUGUUUUAUCUUGCUUCGCUAUUAAAGAAGCAUUAUAAAAAUGCGUGGGAGGAGAAAUUUAAGAAACUGCUGCUUUUUAAGAUCAAUUUUACCACUAAUGUGACAACUAUGACAACUAUGAAGAAGAAUGGAAACUGUGCAAUAUGAUAAGAGUGCGACAGUGCAAACCAGACCCUGAUUCAGUGGUGUUGACUGAGGCACUUUUACAGGAAUUUGCGAGCAAAAAUCCCUUUUAUCUCAGUUACAAUUUCUCAUGCAGUUUAUCAAGACACUUCAUUGGAGAUGAUCUUGCAGAUGAGCUUGGCCUUUCAAGAUUUAACAUGCUCUCGUUAUUACGAAUUUGUUAUACUGGAUUCUCAGAACAUCAUGUUUCACUCAAAGGAGAGUUUCUUUUCUUGAGCAUGGACUGUAUAAAUUUGGGAAGUAUGCCCUGAAUACAAUAGUUCACCUCUCCUUAGGAGGUAGGGAACCUUAUUUCAUCAUGAAGGUGUAUUCUUCCACACUAACUGUUGACAGAUUUUUCUCUUAAACAAAUAAAAAAUGCCCCGAUGGAGAUAAAGUGAAGCAGAUAGAGAGCGUACUACGUGCAAUCGGCCGGUUGAACGAUAAUUGGACUCGAUUCGCCCGUCAUUUGUAUUCUAUUUAGAGUCUCUUGGUGUAGUUGAAAUUUAGAGUCUGGUUUCAACACAUUGUGUCAGUUUUAAUUACGUGCCUGAUCACUUUCCACGUUCCGAAAAUAAACAUCUGACCUGGGAAACCUUAUGAUUAAGCAUUUAUGUGUCGAUCAUAUGACAAAAUUUCUCAACUUUCGAUAUCAGCCCGCUCAAACAGGAACCAAUCCUGAACUGAACAUCAGCUCGAUCUAGUUUGACCAGGUAUGGCUAGAAUUUUCCUAAUGGUUCUCGAGAUGAUUACGCCUAGGAGAGGUGUUUUUGCAAAUGAGGCAACAGAACUGGAGCUUGAUCAUCUUGUAAUCUUUAAGACAAAUGAUUGGAAAGUCACGAGAUAAGUUUUAAAUCAAGGGGAAGGCUGAACAAACGUAACGCUUUGGAGUUUUGCGGCUGGCGUUGAAAGUCUAAUGAUUCUUGUGUAGUUCAAAAGUUAGUGCUGAUCAUUGUGUAUGUAACAUAAUGUUCAAUCGAAAUGCACUCAUAGGUAAGCGUAUGGAGGAAAAAUAAGCUAUCUGUUCUUAAAGUUGCAUGCAUGUGAUUUCGGAGAAAGCAAGGAACAACUUAGGAUCUCAAAGGAUGACUGAUUUGCUUUUAACCGCCCUCGAAACAACUUCCACAUUUAGUAGUAGGGGCAAAGAAGGCAGAUGAUCGUCAUUAGUCGAGAUACACUGCAUACAAGGCAUACCUUGCUAUACAUAUCUGUAAUAAAUGUUAUGAUGAUCAUCAUAACCGCCCCCAACAGCUUCCACAUUCGGUCGAAUAAGCUAAGUAUGCAUACGCUCGUUAAUAGCAGACAAAUAAUGAUUCAGAAGCAUAACCUGCGCUGUACGUAUUUGCUAAUUAUGCUUUAUUGGAAGUUGAUUCACUGUAGGUACGUUCCACUUCACUACUUGUGAUCUACUUCCAUUUUGAGCCAUCAAACCAUGACCAAAUUAGAAGGCAUUUCGAUUGACAGGCGAAACCAAAACUCAAAGUAAAACCAACGUGCUCUAGGCGCGUAAUACGAAAGUGACCGAGACCAAGACAUGGUCGACACCCAAUAUUGAAACUUGCCUCCGCAAGCAAGCGCCGAUCGACGGAUCAUUAUAUUUCGUCAUGCUCGAAUGGUUGUCGAUAAGUUUGUUGUACCACAGGAUCACAAACUUUCAGCAUGGUAUAAAAGAUGGAUCGGACCAUCGGACCCUCGAACCAUUGGACUAUUUUUUUGGACUAUUUUUUUGGACUAUUUUUUUUGGACUAUUUUUGGACCAUUUUUUUCGACCAUUUUAUCGGAGGGGAGGCAGACCAUUGGGAUGCAGUCUAUCAAUACUCAGGAAGGGGUGGGAGGCAAGCUGUUGUUCAUACAAAUUAUUAGUGCGGUUUUUCGAAAGACUUUUUUUUACGUCAAACUGUUUGGGCUGGACCGCAGCGUUUCUUUAUAUUUUUGACAUGCGAAUGCGAAACUGGCACCUAAACACUGGACAAUAAUUGUUAUUGCUAUAAAAACAUUGUUGGUACAAUCGUAGGAAGCGAUCUUCUCUCAUUUCUGAUACACAGUUUUCCCCUAGUUGAGUGUCAUGUCACGCAUUUCACCUCGUAAAGAUAUUUGAAGGACUCUUAGUUUGUCCAAAUUUAUAAUUUCUUUGGAAUGAAGGACAGGUAUGAAGUGAAAUCAUCUUCAACAUGUCUCCUCCAAGAUUGCUUUUGAAAGGUGAUAGACAAAACACUGACACUCGGUCCAUAGACUAUCCUGGAGGACUAUCCAAAUGUUCUACCCUAAAAUGGAUUAACCUAACAAAAUCCUAUUUUGGAACCAGUUCUAUUGAAAGCACCGCUCCUUAUAAACCUACUUUGCUGGCGUCUUCUUUGUUUUCUUUAGUCGAUGCAAUAAAAAAGUGAACCUGCUUAGUUUGUCUACUGACCCUGCUUUGUACUUACACGAAAGUCCUUGUUUUGGUUAGGCAGUCAGAGAAUGAUUUAGUUGAUCCGAAGCGUUAUGAUUUAGCACUUUGUUGUUCAUUUCGUAAGUCUCUUGAAGUUGUUUGGUUUAAAAAAAAUGUCUAAUCUCCCAAGGUCAGCCUACUGACAUGCCUAUUCAUAUCUAUCAGUAGUGUCAAUAAUAUAUCUGCAUGUCACGAACACAUAUCACGAACAGCGUUGCGUGACGAGUCUCUGAACAGCUGCGAAGGAACACGCUCCACGCGUACCACGCGCUUUACAAGAAAAAAGAACGCCUUGAAUCUGUUCUUCGGUUUACCACACACACUGAUUGAGCUAUUUUUCAAUCGAUAUUUGGUGUUAGUUGUUUGCCUUGGAAUGUCAAUGAUUCUAUAUAUUGCUCUUGGCUGUUUAAUUUGUUUCGGAAAUUCCUGAAAUGGCGACUAAAGUCAUUUGCAUUUUUAAGAUACCGUUUGAAGCAGAGUGACUUUGGCUGAGAUGAUCUCGUAUUACUUUUGCAUUUAGCAACGCAUUUCACGAUCCAGAGGAGAACUUGGUAGCGUCAUCGCAAAAGCAUACGCACACACACGCAAAAUGAUGCUGACGUACAGCAUUAUUCAGCUUUAUUAUCAAAAAGUUUGUUGACACCUAAUGUGGAUCAAUUUAGGUUUUAAGAUUUACCUUCUUUUCAGGAGUGAUACAUUUGAUAUGGAAAGAUGGACAGAACAGACCCCAAGAUCCCGAAAAACGCUGGUUCAGGACCUCAUCUUGAGGUUGAAUUGGAAUGUGAUGAUAAUCAAUCGGCCAGACACAGCACAUUUGAAGACUUUGAAGAAACAAUAUAUCAGUUCCAGCAAUGCAAAGUGGAAGCAGCCGCAGAGUCUUUGCAAGCUGCGCAUAAGCAUUUCCUGAAUCUAACCCCAGAGAGCUUUGGAAACCCGACUGAUCACGAGAAGGAGCAGGUGGAUCGAGGUAGAAAGAUGUGUUUGAGUCAUUGUUCCGCUCCUCCAUUCUCUGGUGUUGUUUUGUUAAACCCCGAGCUGACCUCAGAUAAGGAUGUCCAUUUUUAUGCCAGCUUUACUAUUGUCUUUGGUGCUGUUGCACUCAAGCUGCAUAAAUAUAAAAUAGCUAUAGACUUAUUUCAGCGAUGUUAUUCUCUUUUCACAUGUGACACCACACCACUUUCUGAAAAAAACAUGCCAGUUAUGGAUAUUUUAAGAGCAGCAGCCAAGGCAAAUGUAGGCUGUGUUUAUCUCAUUAUGAGAGUUACAGACAAGGCUAGGGAUUAUCUAGAAUGCGCACUGGAGAUUUUUGAAACAUUUAAAAACAAAAGCAAAACUGACUCUCCAGAAAUAAACAUUGUUGCUAUACAAACAAACUUAAGCUUAGCUUACCAGUGUCAGAAGAACUACAUUGCUGCAGUGAAGUUGCAAGAGCGUCUUAUUCUGAAGGCCAAAGACUCCAUUCUUCCCCCACAUUUGGUAGCUGCCAUACAUUACAAUAGAGCAGAGUUGUUCAUAGAGCUCAAAGAGCCUGUCAAAGCACUCAUGGAGCUAAGGACGUUGGAUUCACUAUCUGAGAGGAUGAACAACGAAGAAGCAAUAUUCUCGAAAUUUAUAUCUUCAAAAAUUUGUUUGGCGUAUCAAAAGAUCGGAGAUGUUGCUCGUGCAGAGAAAAUAGCGGAGCGCUUGACUUUUCCUUCUCUUUCGCCUGAAUCGCUAUCACCACCACUCUCACCUUCGUUAAAAUCGUUUUCGACAGCAUCGGGGUCAGGGUCAGAGUCGUCAUCAUCAUCGUCGUCAUCAGUGUCAUCAUCGUCAUCAACAUCGUCAUCUUCAUCGUCUGCUUCGUCACUAAUGUCUUCAUUUUCGUUUUUCUUUACCGAUUUUGAAGCUGUCUUCGGAUAUAAUGGAAAAUUCCAUUGGGACAUCUUGUUCGCAACGAUAUUGAAUUUAGUUGAUUUUCACUUAAACAAAAAAAACUUAGACUUUGUAUCUUUCCUCGACGUUUUUGUACCAAGUUGCAAAGAAACGUUAGGGAAAAACCACCCAACAUAUGCAUCGUUUCUCUGUAGGCAAGGUGUUAGAUUUUUUCUGAUGGAAAGAAACCUGUCAUCAAAAAAUUGCUUUGAAGAAACAUUGAAUAUUUUUACAAGUUUUGGCUACGGUUUAGAUCACCCGGAUUUGGUGCAAUGUAACAUCGCUCUUGCAAGGUUAUUAUUGUGCGAAGACUUUCAAGAGGUUCCUCAGUUGAAGUCGCGCCGUGACCGAAGCUGGCGAGAAUUUCCUUGUGAUGCAGCAGAUGGAGUUGUGAGCCCUGAUAAUCCAUCAUUUAGAGAAGACACUAACAAGUGGGACAGGAACGAAGAAUUAGACGGACCAGCCGUAGAAAACCGUAGAGGCAAGAAUUAUGAUCACCUUGAAAAUGCGCCUCAAAAGGAUAAGAACAAAGGAAUCAGCAUCUCGCAGAAGAUACAGCAAACACCAAAUGAAGUCAGUGGUGGACGGAAUGACACUCUUAAAGCCUCUUUUCAUGGAGGAUAUGUGGUUGCAGACAGCGGUGAAAACCCCGAUGUUCUUACUACAAAUGGGGCUUGCGGCUUUGACAAAGAUUGGAAUACCCAAGCUGUUGCCCUUCCAAAAACACCAGGAGAUUCCCACGGGAUUAAUUCGAAAACAAAAACAUAUCUUGGUUUGAAAGGUGGACGCCGAAGCGAUCUUCCGUCAGGGCACAGCUCACAAAGGGAUCCAAGUGGGGAUGACUUUGGAACAAAUCACAUCGGAAUAGAUCCCAGUUUUCUCGCACGUCAUUCUUAUGAGUGCAAUGCAUCUAAUGAACGCUGGGAUUCUUAUGACCCAUUUGAAGAUUCAGAAGUGCCUGCAGGUUCCCACGCCGAAUAUAACAGAUCUAGGUCUAUGACUGAAGUGUACCACCCUACUCUUCCAAGUUCAACGAAAUUUCCUGAAUGUCGUGAUUUUAUAAAAACUGUUGCGGUGAAGACCUCAGGACUACCUCAAUCUUCAAGUUUCCUUGAAGAAGGAUGUAAAGCAAAUCUCCCGUUGACAAAUAUCUUCCCAGAUGGACAUGUACUCGCCGUAAGGCCGACGUUCUCAUCGCAGCUUGAAAGCAAAGAUGACGCCCCGGGACCUCUGACGGACGGGGAGGGUGCAGGAGCUGGUCAGGGUCUGUUAAACAGUAAUUCAAACACAUCUGCUGACGAAUCAUUGGCCGUAAUCGAGCAACGUGUGGCUGAAGCUUGGUGUCUUGUCCAGAAAACGUUGAGAGAAAGACAAGAAAGAGAAAAAUCGAUGAAAGAAACGGAGCAAAAAAGAAAAGAAAAGCGGGCAAGGAAAGAACAACUUGCACGUGAAAGAAAAGAAAGAGAAGCGAGGGAAGCAAGAGAAACGGAACUCAGGAAUGAAAGAGUAGAGGGGAAUUCCACGAGCGGUGGACAAGAAACACCUUUGCAAGACUCGGAAAGUGCUGGGAUUCGACAAUGGCUGUGUGAACAUUAUCAGCGGCUCUGUCGUGUCAAGUUCUCAUGCUGCGGAAAGUUCUUUCCUUGUCAUCGUUGUCAUAACAACUCUGGGUGUCCAAAUGAUAAUUCCAAAGCAAGAGAGGCGUGCUCUGUUGAGUGCUCUGCUUGUAGCCAUCAACAAGAGGUAAAAAGGAAUGACAUUGACUUGAAAUUUUAUAUAAGAGGAAAGAGAGUUCUUCCACAUAGAUUAUAACCGAUUUAACUUCAAAUGUUUGAUUUUUAAGAUCAACCAGGACGCCCACACCUGUGGCAGAUGCAAAACAAGGUUUUCAGCAUAUUUCUGCUCGGUGUGUAAACACUUCACAGGGGAGGAUAAAGCUCCUUAUCACUGCGAAAAAUGUGGUAUCUGCCGGUAGGUGAAACAAUAUUCAUGACGAGUUUUGUCUUCGUUUGUUUGAAUGAUAUCCUUGUUGUCCAAAAGAAUAAAGGUCAGGGAGUUAUUGGCCUGCUUCAGAGCUGUUGACUUGGGUUGAAGUAGGAAUGAAGAAUCCUGGCACAGUCUGUAAUGCGAAAGCAAAGCAUUUAAGGAGAGAGAAAUGCUUCAUCGAGGAGUGCAUAAAACACCCCAUCGCUAGUUGUUUCUCAAAAGGGAAUAAGAGUCCGACAAAAUACUAGUUUUGGUUUCCUCACACGUAUUAAGUUUCCUCCUCAACAAUUAUUGCAGCUUAUCGAGUAGAAAUACGGCGCUUAUCAGUAUGAAUUAAAAUUUGUUUCCCUAACGAAUCCUGUUGUGCUCGAGUGAUGUUUCUAUUUCCCGUUCAGUAUCUACAAGGACCGCUCCUUCCACUGUGAUGUGUGUAACGUCUGUCUGGACAAACGGCUGGAAGGAAGACAUUCUUGCCGAGCAAAUUCAGGACACGAUGAAUGUUGCAUCUGUUUGGAGGUAGUUUCGUUAUUUACAUAAUAAGGCUGAAUAAGAAAUAUCUUUCAAUAGGUUUUGCCGUUUAGCAGAAGCAAUUAACCUUUCAAUAAAUUCGGUUCUAUUCACCUGUCACGUUAGUGACGUCAGGUGCUUGCACUUCUGGAGUCGAAAUCUGAAGAAAGAGAAGCAGAUCACAAUCCAAAUGUCUAUAUUUUCAUUUGGUUGAUCGAUUCUUUAUUUCCAGGACGCUUUUAGCGGUUGUCAGAUCCUGCCAUGCUCACACAAGGUUCACCGCGAAUGUGCUAUUGCUAUGAUACAAAACGGCGUGUAAGUAUGCUUAAAUAUCGUGAUAUCUGUUUUUGGGAAUAAACUUAAAUAUGGAAAAACACUCCACUACUGCACCGAAAAUGUGUUGGUAUUUAAUUCUGGAUUGGGUUUGUGUGGACUUGCUCGAGCUAUGAGAGUGUAAUGAGCAGUUUUCAUUUGCAUUGAAGAAAAACCUCCGUGCCCUCGUAAGGAGCUUUUGUCGCCAGUGGGCAAGAGUGAUUUAUUGACAAACAGCAAUUGGUUUUCGCAAUUAAAGUAACUUCAAAAAAGAUAGGGAACUACAUGAAGAAUUAACAGUCUGAACGUCCGGAGAAACAGACCUCCGUUCCCGCCUACAGCUGGGAAUAAGUCUGGUGAAAUCGACAAAUCCCGGGUAACGCCCUGAUUGUCCUUCUUUGUCCCCUAAGCUUUUGUUAGGUCUAGAGAUUAUUUCAGUUUUGGUUUCAAGACGCUCUGCGCAUGUUGUCACGGAGUUCUCUUGUAUCUAAAGCGAUAUUACUUCAUCGGUAAACUUUGAAAGACUUUGUACGUUAAGUAAGCCAAAAUUUAUUGAGAAAUUUCCACACAAGUUUUUCUCGAGUUCACCUGAAUAUUUCCUUUAAAUUUGCAGUCGCAGCUGUCCUAUUUGCCGCCAUCCUUUGUAUAGUCAGACAGGAAUGAAUGAGUGAAUUACAACCUCGACUCCAGUGUUCAAAAAUUCCAAGAAAGGGCAAAUCGUUCCCUAUUGAGAUGUUUUAGAUAGUGUCCUGAUUGACGUAUUCAUUCUUUAUUGUAGCCAUGAAUUUAAUCUUUUAUCCCUAACAAUGAAUGGCUCCUUAUUUCUCCUGGCGGUAUCACCCUUGGAUUAAAUGAUAAAUGUAACGAGAAUAAAGGCAAUGAUUACCAAUUUAGGAAGCUCUUGAUUGUCAAACAAACUCCCAUUGUCAGUACCAGAGGAUAUGUGAAGAGAACAGUGUAGAUUGUCAGGGUUAAAGACUGUAAUAGUUAUUUUAAUCUUAUCUGUACAAGGACGCAAACCUGAGGGGAGAGGGGAAAUGAGGGUGGCAGGAUCCCCUUAGGUCAAAGUGAUUUCUAUGCAGUGGCUUUUAUAUCCAAAUUUAUCGCUUUCAUCUCUUAAAAGAUAUGUGUGCAAGGCAUCGAUUAGUCCGGCGAGGAGGUGGCUCAGUGUAUCAUAAUAGUGAGGCCAUUGUAAAAUAAAUUAUAUUUCUUAUCAUUGUGAGAAAACUACAUAGUAAAUUGUCCAAAGCCUGAGCAGCAAAUUAGAUUUGGCAGCGGAUUGUUUUUUUUUUUCUGUAAAAUAAAAUGAAAAAAGCCAAAGCCAAACAGAACAUUUCACAUGGUGUUGUUAUUAAGUUCCUGGUAGUGUUUUAUGGUUAUUAGAAUGCUGUUUGAAAUAAAGCCCCUCCACAACUUUUUUUUUCAUAUCUAGUUACACCAGAAUAGGAAGGAAUUAUACGAGUUUCAAAUUUCAUCUUCUUUGCCUUCGGGAGACGUGUGAUAGAGAGGAAGGGAAGAAAAAUCGAGCUUGCUCUUGAAAUUUCGGGAAUCAUUUAUCAAGUUAGUAACGAGUAAUAUUGAUGCACUUCUAGUGACUAAAUUUACUUACUAAGCUUAUUUUAUUAUGAACUGGUAACCUUCUUAAAUAGAAGGUAUUUAGUUUUCGUAGGCUUUACAUUUUUCAUAGUUAUGUAAGUAGUUUGUUAUUUCAUUCUGAUGUAACCCUGGGAUUUGAAACUUCAAGUAGCUAUUCAAAUUAUAGUUACGCGAACAUUAUAUGGUUUCGCAAAGAAGUCGAGUUACAAGUCGUAUUAUACAUGAUUUUUUGCCCUGUCUCAGCAAGUUUUUAGUUAAUUGUACAUUUCCUGUCGGUUUGAACAUUUGAGAGACACUAACGAAGCACCUAUUGAUUGUCAGGAACCGUUUUUACCCGCACCUUUCAAUUGUAUUACCAGUGAAAUAUUUACUUAACUUUAAUCUUAGCAUCCCUUCUUAACCUGAGGGUCUAAUAUCUCCAACAAGGAAGGGCACGCCUCUUCUUGCUUCUAGUUCUCCUAAGAUAUCAAAUUUGGCGGUGGUGCAUAUUCUGGGGUGGCACAUAUUACUACGAUUAUCAAUUAAGGGAGACACGUAAGAAGUCUGGUGAUGGGGAUUUGACCAUAAAAUAUCGCUGUUGUCACGGGCAACCUUCCUCGUUUCGUAAGGUAACCGAAUGUCAAGAGCUGUGGGUCACCAAAGGUAAAAUUUAAAA